UCCGUGGCAAAAAAGACAAAAAAAUUCUAUGUAUAAAAAAACUAUUUGGAUGGAUUUUAGUUUGGAUUGUAUUUUCUUCACCACGGAUACAUUUCCUUGUAUUUUACUACAAAACUUCAUACGGGAGUAGAAUGGGCGCCCAAGUUUGAGAUCUCAAGAUUCCGGAUUUUUUUUAACUUUUCCUGGUAUUUUUCGAAUUUAAUUUUUGUAUAGGGGUGAAGUACCAUAUUUGGUAUAGAUAUAUACUCCUGGUGACAUAACGUCGAUGGUGACAAAAGCGGUUGGCCAUGAUCGAUCUGCAUGGAGGCAUGCAUCCGACACGUGGACCCCUCCUUCCACGUGUACCUCGUCAUCCUCGAGCAGCUCGACAUGGCUACUGCAUGCGCCCUCGAACCUUCGCCUAGUUCGCUCCAUUCCCUACGUACGGUGCUAGGCUCCUGGUGUACACAUGUUAACCUGGAGCUCAUACCCGAUGGAUCCAGGACCCCACCACCCGUCCACGUACAACCACCACCACCACUACCCCUUCUUGCCGGCCGCCGGACCGCCCACCGCUGGCGGCGACACCCUUCUCUUCCUCCUCGCCAUCCCGGCAGGCUGGCUCGUCCGGCUGGUUGCCUUCCUCGGCGAGCGCGUCAUCUCCGCGGUCCUCACCCUCGUGGUCCUCCCCGGCGCGACGCUCGUGGGCGAGCUGCGCACCGUCCCUGCGGCUGCGGCCUCCCUCGCCCGCCGCGCCGCCGUGGGCGUGCUCGCCGCGGCCUUCACCUUCGCGGCCCUGGCGGUCGCGUUAGUCGCGUCCCUGCUGCUCGGCUUCGUCCUUAUCCGGCACUGGGUCGAGGACCCGGUCACCGUGCGCCAGCCGCUCUACUUCGACUACACCGAGCCGCAGCCGAGCGCCGCCGUGGCCCUCGUCCCCCCGGCGGGACACUCCGUGAGGGUGUCCAUGUCGUUGCUGCUGCCAGACUCCGACCACAACCGUCAGAUUGGCGUGUUCCAGAUUAAAACAGAGGCCAUCACCCCAAGUGGAAGCACCGUCGCAUCAGCCACCCAGCCGUACAUGCUGCGGUACAAGAGCGCUCCGGUGCGGCUAGCGCAGUCCGCGCUAACAAUCGUGCCGCUCGCCUUGGGCAUGCGCAGCGAGAGCCAGUCGGCGACGCUGAAGCUGCUGCAGUACUGGGAAGGCCACGGCCGUCACAAGAGGACACGGCUCAUCAGAGUCUCUCUGCAGCCAAGAGCCAUGACAGUGCACCUGCCCCAGGUGUACAGAGCAGAGAUCACCGUGCAGACGGCGCUUCCAUGGUUCAAGGCCGUGGCGCGCAGCUUGAAAUGGACAAUGUGCGUGUGGCUCUCUUUCUGGGUCUAUGUCAUCCUCUCCCUGCUCGCGGUUCGUUGGGUCUGGCCACUUGCGGUAUCUGCAUGGGACAGUCACAGGGGGUUAUCUGAUCGUCAAGUCAAUGGGAAGACUAUUGCUGCUAAUCAGGGUGGAGGAGAUAUAGGCCAGAGCUCACAUGAGGGAUCAUCAAGAGGUGGCGCUGUGAGGUGGAGGGACAGGAGAGGCAGGAGGAAAGCACAACAAACGCCGCAUGGCGGCAUGGUUGAGCUCAAGCUCGAUGAGGGGUCGUCUUAUAGCUCUGCAGUGGCUGAGACUGAUGAAGUCGUCGACGACGAAUCAUAGGCAGCCACCUGCUGCUCGAUUGUCCGUGUCCGAGUCUUGUUAGUUCAGUCAGUGCAGUGUGCUGUAAAGUUUAUGCUGACCGCUAAUCACAGUUUGUUACACGCCAUGCGUAGGAGAUCUGAAGGGCUUCCAUGCGGAAGGGCAUAUAAUAACGCAAAUAAAUGGCAAAGAUAUAUAUAUGUACUAAUCGAUAAGCUGCAGGGGGUCACGUAAUUUGCGUUCCUUAUUCAUGUUGGUACCACACUUUUAGUGUUUGGUUGACAUGAGCUGUGUAUGUGGUCUCCUUUGGCCACAGAUGUUGGAUAGAUGAGGCUGGAGUAGUAGCUUGUUCCCGUUUCAGACUUUCAGGUCAGCCUCUCAGCAAUUCUAUGUCUUUGCACACUUUCUAGUCAUGGAGAUUAUAACCACGUGCUUUCCUGUGAUACCUAUUUUACCGCUAAUUGUAUUGUGUUUUCUUUUGCUUAGAUCCAUAUCUAGUUGAAUCACUUAAAUACAGAAGCAUUUUAUGUAAAUUCUUUCUCAGCUUUAUGGCUUAGGAGAUGAAAAUGGGGAAUAUAAUGGUGUAACUCAGAUAAUGUACAGUCAGAUGGUUGAAAAUCCAACUUGGCUUGCUUAGCUGCAUGAAUUUUGCCAAUUCAUUCGGUUUAUGGGAUCAUAUAACUUUGUUUGAUGUUAAAAAUUGUCCUUAGAGUAUUUUAAUCAUUCGCAAACUUCCUUCAGAGAGGGGUUAUAUAAAGAUGACAGGGACAAUUUCAGGGCAGCGAGCCAUAUCAUUUUUGUGGUAUGCAAAAUAAACAUUUUAUACCUUUGAGAAUCCAUUUGUUGGUUGUCUAGAGACUGGAAAUUAAAUCGUAGCCGUGAAGUUCCCAUCGUCAUCAUUUAUAGCGGUGGACCAUGUAGCACAUGCUGUCAUAGUACACAUAAGCAUGUACCUACCAUGUCAUUUUCUUCGCCAACUAAUCAUAUAGGAGUAUAUUUUUAGCCAACUCUGCAGCAGGCAUCAUGGCUUACCGAUGCAUGCUUAAGUCCUGAUUUUGCAUGACAAGGAAACCGUG